CUGAACGCCUCCAGAAGGUGGUGGAAACCGCUGGGAAUCCAUCCACGCGAUUCUCCGGCCGGCACCGAUCGAUUCAUUGAAAAGUACAAAAGGCGUUUCUUCAAUCAUCAUCUACUCGCUUUCGAUCAAAAACCCUAUUUUGAGCUGCAUCCCUAUUUUUUUGAUUGAUCCAUGGCGCUCAAUCCCCAGCUUUUCCCCAACGGGAUGCCCGUACCUUUCAUCAACGAACUGUUCGUCUUAGCCAGAGACGGCGUCGAAUUCGAGGUCGAUAAGAUCCCUGGACCCAACCUAGGACGUGUGAAGGCUAAGGGAACGAUCUACCUCUCGAACAUCCGCAUGGUCUUUGUUGCGAAGAAACCUGUUGGUGAUUUCUUUGCAUUUGAUAUGCCAUUGCUUUAUGUUUCUGAUGAGAAAUUUCACCAACCAAUAUUCCAUUGCAACAAUAUCUCUGCAUCUGUGGAACCGGUUGUGCCAGAAAAUGAAAAUGGGGCUCUGUAUUCCACACACACUAUCAAGAUCCUAUUUAAGGAAGGUGGUUGUGGGACUUUUGUGCCCUUAUUUUUCAACCUGAUAAACUCGGUGAGAGAAUACCAUCGACAACAAACUGCUUCAAUGGCUCAGCCACGAAUGGAUCCUUUGCAAGCGGCACAAACCCCUGUUGAUGACAUGAUGAGACGCGCCUAUGUGGACCCAAAUGAUCCCACAAAGAUCUUCCUGCAGCAGCCCACUUCUGAGUCUCAGCUCCGGCGGCGCACUUACCAUCCACAUUCUGCUGAACACUCCACUUGAGAUGCCCACUGGCGGGGCGGACAUUACACAAUGCGUGAGUAGUACUACCAGUACAUAUUAUUUUUAUGGUUCGUUUUCGGGUUCAAUAAUGCUCCUUAGUAAAUCGACCUUGGGAUCCCUAAGAACCUCCUGUGUGUAUGCUGAGAUGAAGUUUCUGCAUUCUGUUUGAGCUCCCUCUUUCAAAUUGUAUGGUAUUUAAAACUGUAUGAAGGUUUUCAUUGCUAUAACAAAUCACAUGUAUGGGGUAUCUCUACCUACAUUCAUUAAGAGCCUGUUCCCUACAUUCAUGUCUUAAGAGUUAGGCACAGGUGACCCAUACUUGAAUGUAAACAAGCAUACAUGAAUGUAACAAAAGAAUUAUUACAAAAAAAGAAAGUUUGUGAUUUUUAUUAAUCAAACGUGAAUUAAUAUGAGAGGAGGGCAAUAUUAAAACUCUAAGCCAUUU